CCUCUGCUUCCCUCAGCUUUUGCUUCUUCUCCGUAGCAGCUGCAGCUUCACCUCCCGCCGGUUUCCUGGUUCAUCGCCCUCGCUUACUGAUUUCAGGGAAUUGGGAAGAAUUUGGAAUGGGUGCCAGCAGCGAUCCCAACCCUGAGGCCUCUGACGAGCAGCAGAAACGCUCCGAGAUAUACACAUAUGAAGCCCCCUGGCACAUCUACGCCAUGAACUGGAGCGUACGCCGUGACAAGAAGUACCGUCUUUCUAUUGCCAGCAUGCUUGAGCAUUACCCUAACCGUGUCGAGAUUGUCCAGCUUGACGACUCCAACGGCGAGAUCCGCUCUGACCCUAACCUCGCCUUCGAACACCCUUAUCCUCCCACCAAAACCAUCUUCAUCCCUGACAAAGAAUGCCAGAAGCCGGACCUCCUCGCCACCUCCGCCGACUUCCUCCGGAUUUGGCGCAUUUCUGAUGACCACUCCCGUGUCGAACUCAAGUCCGUCCUUAAUGGCAACAAAAACAGUGAAUUUUGCGGUCCUCUUACUUCCUUCGACUGGAAUGAAGCUGAGCCCAAGCGGAUCGGCACCUCCUCCAUUGACACCACCUGCACCAUCUGGGACAUUGAACGUGAGACUGUCGACACCCAGCUCAUUGCCCAUGACAAAGAGUUAACCAGCAAGGUUGAACCCUUUCGUGUUGGUUGGGUCACAUAUGCAAAUGAAGUCUUGAUGUGGGACUCCAACUCGGGAAAGCUUUCAGACUUUACUUGUCAUUUCUCCUUCAGCAUUAAUGCGUCGAGUCCAAAUAUGACCAACGAUGGAAUUGAGUUCUUCCUUGCUCCUGUCAGAUUUCAAAUCCCACCCAACUCUGCUAGUGGCUACCUUGGCCUAUUCAACACCACAACAAGAGAUUCCUCCUCAAAUAGGAUCAUCUUAGUGGAAUUUGACACUUACCAGCACCUUGAAUGGGAUCCUAUAGAGGUCCAAACUCAUGUGGGUAUCAAUAUCAAUUCUAUAUGCUCUGUCGUUUACACUCCCUCGAAUGCAAGUUUCCACAUUAGGGAUACUACUGAUAUAUUGAUUACUUAUAAUUCUACAACCAAGAAUUUAAGUGUCUCAUGGAGCUAUCAAAACACCAAAAAUCCUCAAGAGAAUUCAACCCUUUAUUACCUAGUUGAUUUAAGGAAUGUUUCAAACAAUUGGGUGACAAUAGGCUUUUCAACUUCUACAGGAGGUGUAGCUGGACAACACACACUCAAAUCUUGGAAAUUCAAUUCAAGUUUUAAUGCUAAGGAAACCAAUGAGAAUUCAUCAAGAAAGAUCAAAAUAGUUGUUGCUAUUGUAGUACUGGUGAUUGUUCUUCUCAUUGGAACACUUUUAGCAUAUGUGAUUAUAAGGCAAAGAAAGAAGGUAAAUAAAAGGGCAGAGGUAACAAAUUUAACAUCUAUCAAUGAUGAUUUUGAGAUGGGCACCGGACCCCGAAGGUUUUCAUACCAAGAUCUUGCCUCUGCUACUAACGAUUUCUCUCAAGAUAGGAAAUUGGGUGGAGGAGGUUUCGGUGCAAUUUAUAGAGGCUAUCUAGCCGACGUAGACAUGUUGAUUGCUAUAAAGAAAAUUUCUAAAGGAUCAAAACAAGGAAAAAAGGAGUAUGCAACAGAGGUGAAGACCAUUAGUCAAUUAAGGCAUCGAAAUUUGGUGCAGCUUAUUGGUUGGUGUCAUGAAAGGAGUGAGUUCUUGCUUGUUUAUGAGUUCAUGUCAAAUGGUAGUCUUGAUUCUCAUCUCUUUGGCAAAAAAAGUCCUUUUCCUUGGCAUAUAAGGUAUAGAAUAACACUUGGAUUGGCCUCGGCAAUUCUAUAUCUUCACGAAGAGUGGGAGCAGUGUGUGGUGCAUAGGGAUAUUCAGUCAAGUAAUGUAAUGUUGGAUUCCAGUUUUAAUGUUACGCUUGGUGACUUUGGGUUGGCUAAGUUGAUAGACCAUGAGUUAGGUCGAAUUACAACAGGGUUGGCAAGUACUUUUGGCUACUUGGCUCCAGAGUACAUAAGUACAAGGAAGGCAAGUAAAGAGUCAGAUGUGUUUAGUUUUGGGGUGGUGAUAUUAGAGAUUGCUAUCGGAAGAAAGUCUACAGAUCGAGUGGGGGAAGAGUCUGAUUUGGGGUUGGUGGACUGGGUUUGGGAUCUUUACGGGAAAGGAAGACUUCAUUCCGCUUAAGGCCAUCAAUU